UUCUUGUACUUAUUAAAAUCAUGCUUAGGUCCGUUAUGCUGUUCGAGAAUACGCAUGUACGGCAGUCGAUGUAAUUGCCAGACGAACACGACUAGCAUUUCUGAACACCUAUGCAGCUCACGAAGUUCUUCCAGAUGUGGUUCGUAUCAUGGGAGAAGAACUUGGAUGGUCAUCAGCGGAGCAGCGAGCUCAACUUGAGCGCGCUCGUCAAUUCAUUGAUCUGGAAAUGGGUCAGCUUGCAAAACAGAACGCUGCCAGCAACGUUUCGCUGAAUCUCACAAAGUCAUUCAUAUCUCUUUUUUACUUUUUAGUAUCUAGUACCUUCUAA